GCCUCCUCCUCUACCUCCUCCUCUUCCUCUCUGGUCUCCUCCCUCCUCCGGGACGGGUUUCAAAUGGCCUCGUUCGCCGAGACCGACUUCCAGAUCUGCUUGCUGUGCAAGGAGAUGUGCGGUUCGCCCGCACCUCUCUCCUCCAACUCGUCUGCCUCCUCUUCGUCCUCACAGACGUCCACGUCGUCCGCAGGCGGCGGGGGCCCCGGAGCCGCGGCGCGCCGUCUGCACGUCCUGCCCUGCCUGCACGCCUUCUGCCGCCCCUGCCUCGAGACGCACCGGCUGCCGGCCGCGGCCAGUAGCGCUCCGGGAGAGCCGCUGAAGCUGUUGUGUCCAGUGUGCGACCAGAAGGUCGUGCUGGCCGAGGCGGCAGGCAUGGACUCGCUGCCUUCGUCCGCCUUCCUCCUCAGCAACCUGCUGGACGCCGUGGUGGCCACCGCCGACGAACCGCAGCCCAAGAACGGGCGCGCCGGUGCCCCCGCGGGCGCAGGAGGCCACAGCAACCACCGGCACCACCCGCAUCCGCGCGCGCCCGCCUCCGCGCCUCCGCUCCCGCCGCCGUCGGCACCGGUGCUACCAUCACAGCAAAGCGCCCCUUCCCGCUCCGCUGCUCCGGGCGGCCCGACUGCGUCCCAGUCGGCGCUGCUGCUGCGCCGCCCUCACGGCUGCAGCUCCUGCGACGAGGGCAACGCGGCCUCCUCGCGGUGCCUGGACUGCCAGGAACACCUGUGCGACAACUGCGUCCGCGCGCACCAGCGCGUGCGGCUCACCAAGGACCACUUCAUCGAGCGCGGCCCGCCGGGGCCCGCCGCCGCCGCUGCAGCCGCCGCCGCCGCCGCGGCGCAACAGCUCGGGCUCGCGCCGCCCUUCCCCAGCGCUCCCUUCUCCAUCCUCUCGGUGUUCCCCGAGCGCCUCGGCUUCUGCCAGCACCACGAGGACGAGGUGCUGCACCUGUACUGUGACACCUGCUCCGUGCCCAUCUGUCGGGAGUGCACGCUGGGCCGGCAUGGGGGCCACAACUUCCUCUACCUCCAGGACGUGGUGCAGGACUCGAGGGCGCUCACCAUCCAGCUGCUGGCUGACGCGCAGCAGGGACGUCAGGCGAUCCAGCUGAGCAUCGAGCAGGCGCAGACAGUGGCAGAACAGGUGGAGAUGAAGGCAAAGGUGGUACAGACUGAGGUCAAGGCUGUGGCUGCGAGGCACAAGAAGGCCCUGGAGGAACGCGAGUGUGAGCUGCUGUGGAAGGUGGAGAAGAUCCGCCAGGUGAAGGCCAAGUCCCUGUACCUGCAGGUGGAUAAGCUGCGGCAGCACCUCAACAAACUGGAGAACACCAUCAGCGCCGUGCAGCAGGUACUGGAGGAGGGCCGGGCGCUCGACAUCCUGGUGGCCCGAGACCGCAUGCUGGCCCAGGUACAGGAGCUGAAAACCGUGCGGGGCCUCCUGCAGCCGCAGGAAGAUGACCGAGUCAUGUUCACGCCCCCCGACCAGGCUCUGUACCUGGCCAUCAAGUCCUUUGGUUUUGUCAGCAGCGGGGCCUUUGCCCCACUCACCAAGGCCACGGGUGAGGGUCUCAAGCGGGCCCUCCAGGGUAAGGUGGCCUCCUUCACCGUCAUCGGCUACGACCACGACGGCGAGCCUCGCAUCUCCGGGGGAGACCUCAUGUCGGCCGUGGUCCUGGGCCCCGAUGGCAACCUGUUUGGUGCCGAAGUGAUCGACCAGCAGAACGGAACGUACGUGGUGAGCUACCGGCCCCAGCUGGAGGGCGAGCAUCUGGUGUCGGUGACCAUGUGCAACCAGCACAUUGAGAACAGCCCCUUCAAGGUGGUGGUGAAGUCGGGCCGCAGCUACGUGGGCAUCGGGCUGCCAGGCUUGAGCUUCGGCAGCGAGGGCGACGGUGAUGGCAAGCUGUGCCGCCCCUGGGGCGUGACCGUCGACAAGGAGGGCUACAUUGUUGUCGCCGACCGCAGCAACAACCGCAUCCAAGUGUUCAAGCCCUGUGGUUCCUUCCACCACAAGUUUGGCACCCUGGGCUCCCGGCCCGGGCAGUUUGACCGGCCAGCCGGCGUGGCCUGUGACGCCUCCCGCCGCAUUGUGGUGGCUGACAAGGACAAUCAUCGCAUCCAGAUCUUCACCUUUGAGGGCCAGUUCCUCCUCAAGUUUGGCGAGAAGGGCACCAAGAACGGGCAGUUCAACUACCCUUGGGAUGUGGCCGUGAAUUCCGAGGGCAAGAUCCUGGUCUCGGAUACCCGUAACCACCGCGUCCAGCUGUUCGGGCCCGACGGUGUCUUCCUGAAUAAGUAUGGCUUCGAGGGCGCCCUCUGGAAGCACUUCGAUUCCCCACGUGGUGUGGCCUUCAACCACGAGGGCCACUUGGUGGUCACCGAUUUCAACAACCACCGGCUGCUGGUCAUCCACCCCGACUGCCAGUCGGCACGCUUCCUGGGCUCUGAGGGUACCAGCAACGGGCAGUUCCUGCGUCCGCAGGGCGUGGCUGUGGAUCAGGAGGGGCGCAUCCUCGUGGCCGAUUCCCGAAACCACCGAGUUCAGAUGUUCGAAUCCAACGGCAGCUUCCUGUGCAAGUUUGGCUCCCAGGGCAGCGGCUUCGGGCAGAUGGACCGGCCGUCUGGCAUCGCCGUCACCCCCGAUGGCAUGAUCGUUGUGGUGGAUUUCGGCAACAAUCGAAUCCUCGUCUACUAAUUUCAGCCUCUUGGGUUCCAUGGGUGUGCGCACG